AGGCUCAUUUUGGAUAUCAACAAAGGAGAUCAUGGAUUCAGCAGUGAGGAAAUGGAUAUGAAAAUGUUUUUCCGAGCCUUUGGGCCAGACUUCAGCCCAAACUUCUUGGCAGAGCCGUUUGACAGCGUCAGCAUCUAUCCACUGAUGUGUAAGCUGUUGGGUGUCGUUCCUGAAGCAAACAAUGGAAGUCUCAGCGACACCAAAGGCAUGCUAGUGGAUAACUUUGAUGCUGGUGGAAGCAGUGGAAGAAUCCAGGUGUCUUUUACCCUUCUUGUAGUAUCUACAGUUAUUUUAACCUUAAUUUAAAGAAAUUCCCCAAUACUACUGUUCUUUGUAAACACUGAAUGCAUUUAAGCUUAUCAAAAACAUUUACUGAAUGUGAUGUUGAUAAAUGAACUUUUUCCUUUUAUAUUUAUUAUAUAAAGUCAAAUAAUACAAAUAA